UUCCGGUUUUCUUCGUAUUCGUCACGUGACGGUCAACCAUGGCUUCCCUCUGGUAGUGAUGCAGGCGCUUCGUUGAUAACACAACACAACUGUCACUUUGUUUCAGCAUCUAUCUACUGACGCGAGUGGGAUUGAAAAUGCAGAAGAUUAAGUCUCUGAUGGCCCGGCAGGGUCUGAAAAGCCCCCAAGAGAAUAUGGCAGACCUCAGUCCUGUGGAGAACCUGAGGAUCCCAAGCAAGGAGGAGUUGCGGGAGCUGAGGGAGCAGCCCAUCGACCCCCAGGCGGAGCAGGAGAUCAUCGACAGCAUCGAGGAGGUCUACUUCUCUAACGACUCCUUCGACAUGGUGCAGCACGAGCUGGAGAAACUCCCACCUGAGCUCAACCUGCAGGAACUGGAGGAGUACAGAGACAAACUGAAGAAACAACAAGCAGCUGUCUCUAAAAAGGUUGCAGAUCUCAUUUUGGAGAAACAGCCUGCGUAUGUCAAGGAGCUGGAGCGAGUGACAGCUUUACAGACUAACCUGCAGCUGGCAGCAGUCAUUUGCACGAAUGCAAGGAGGCAACUAAGCGUAUCAAAAGAGGGAUUCACAGAAGCUAGCCUCGGUCUAUUGGCCAAUCAGAGGAGACGACAGCUGUUGACAGGCCUGCUGAAAUCACUGAGGACCAUCAAGACACUGCAAAGAACAGAUGUACGACUCAGCGAGAUGCUCGAGGAGGAAGACUAUCCAGGUGCAAUCCAGCUCUGUCUGGAAUGUCAAAAGGCUGCCAGCACCUUCAAACACUACAGCUGCAUCAGUGAAUUGAAUUCCAAACUACAAGACACUCUGGAGCAAAUCGAGGAGCAGCUUGAUGUCGCCCUUUCCAAGACGUGUAAAAACUUUGAUGUUUCGCACUACACCAAGGUCCAGCUGGCCUACACGCUCCUGGGCAAGACACAGACCGCCAUGGACCAGCUGCAUAUGCACUUCACCCAGGCCAUCCACAACACUGUGUUCCAAGUCGUACUGGGAUACGUGGAGCUGUGUGCCGGCAAUGCUGAUACCAAGUUCCAGAAAAUGCAGUACAAAGACCUGUGCACGCACAUUACCCUGGACAGCUACAUUCCCUGCCUGACAGAUCUGUGCAAAGCAUUGUGGGAGGUGAUGCUGAGCUACCACCGCACCAUGCAGUGGCAUGAGGAGCGUGACAAACUGGAGUCUGCCCCUUCUCCAGAUGAUGCGGCAGCCGGGUCUGAUGAGUCGGUGGUGGACCGUAGCUAUGUGAAGAAGAAGCUGGAGCACGGACUGACACGGAUCUGGCAGGAUGUUCAGUUAAAAGUGAAGGCCUACAUCCUCGGCACAGACAUGUCCAACUUCAAAUAUGACGAUUUCAUUGUGGUACUGGAUGUCAUCAGCAGGUUGAUGCAGGUGGGUGAAGAGUUCUGUGGCAGUAAGUCAGAGGUCCUGCAGGAGUCCAUUAAACGCCAGAGUGUCAACUACUUCAAAAACUAUCACAGGGCACGACUAGAAGAGCUGAGGAUGUUUCUGGAAAAUGAGACGUGGGAACUGUGCCCGGUCAAGUCUAACUUUAACAUCGCCCAGCUCCAUGAGUUCAAGUUCAUGGGCCAGUGUCGUUCGCCGUCCGUCUCCCCAAGCAGACAGGCUGCAUCCUCAAGCAGCGCGGCUCAGGAGGAGCUGUCUCUGUUCCAGCAGUACCUGCAGGAGGGGAACCCCUUUGAGAUGCACGCUGAGAACAGAGAGGAGGAGACGGAGGACGUGCUGGCAUCCAACGGGUACGAGUCAGACGAGCUGGAGAAGAGUGUUUAUCAAGAUUACGACAGCGACAGCGAUGUCCCUGAGGAGCUCAAGCAGGACUACGUUGACGAGCAGACGGGAGACGCCCCCCUCAAGAGUGUGUCUCGGGAGACCAUCAGAAGCAAGAAGAAGUCAGACUACAACCUGAAUAAAACCAAUGCACCCAUCCUCACUAACACCACCCUUAACGUCAUCCGGCUUGUUGGGAAAUACAUGCAGAUGAUGAACAUCCUGAAGCCCAUCGCCUUUGAUGUCAUUCAUUGUGUGUCCCAGCUGUUUGAUUACUACCUGUAUGCUGUCUACACCUUCUUUGGACGCAAUGACAUGCCUGUCCCGAGCCCGUCUUUGCCGACUCAUGGUGGCAGAGAGGCGGGUGCUGUCAGGGUGGUGGGCCCUGCUUGCUUGUAUGAGUCAUCUGGUCUGGGCCUUAUCAGCAGCCGACUGAGAACCACCCUGAACCGGAUCCAGGAGAGCCUAAUCGACAUUGAGGCGGUGGGCGAGAACCCAGGGGUCCACGGUCCUGCAGAAGACAGGAAAGAGAAGGUGCCCAGCCCUCAUCUCAGCCAACUGGUGGUCCUCACUAACAGUGGGACUCUUUAUGGACUUGCCCAGCGGGUGGUGGCUACUGAGUCUCUUGUGUUUCUGGCAGAACAAUUUGAAUCCCUCCAGUCCCACCUGGACACCAUGAUGCCGGCAGCCAAGAAGCCCUUCCUGCAACAGUUUUAUUCCCAGACGGUGUCGACAGCCAGUGAACUCCGAAAACCAAUUUACUGGAUUGUUGCAGCGAAGGCCAUCGACUACGAACAGAUGCUGCUGAUGAUGGCAGGAGUUAAAUGGGACAUAAGGGAGAUAAUGUCACAGCAUAAUGUAUACGUGGAUGCCCUGUUGAAGGAGUUUGAGCAGUUCAACAAGCGGCUGGGAGAUGUUUCCAGACAUGUGCGCAUCCCACUGCCUGUGUCCAAUGUCCUGUGGGAGCACUGCAUCCGCUUGGCUAACAGGACUCUAGUGGAAGGUUACGCUAAUGUAAAGAAAUGCAGCAACGAGGGCAGGGCCCUAAUGCAGCUGGACUUCCAACAGUUCCUCAUGAAGCUGGAGAAGCUGACCGACCUGCGACCCAUUCCUGACAAAGAGUUUGUGGAGACCUACAUCAAGGCCUACUACUUGACGGAGAACGACAUGGAGCAGUUUAUCAAGAAUCACAGGGAGUACUCCAUGAAGCAGCUAGCCAACCUGGUGAAUGUUUGUCUGGGCUCACAUAUAAACAAGAAAGCUCGUCAGAAACUUCUGGCGGCCAUUGACGACAUCGACAGACCCAAGAGAUAGACUGACGAGCGGAGCAGACCCUGAACGCAUCAUCCCGUAGAGACAGACACUCCAGCAGAAAAAUAAAACUCCCUCAGAGGAGCUCAGCAGAGAAUGUCUUCAGUGUCACUUUCAUGCUGGGGUGUUUUUAAGUAGUAGUGCUGCUGGAUGUAUCAGUGUAAAGCUAAUUUAUUAGCCAGUUGCUAAUCAGCUGUAAACCUAUUAAACAAACACACAAACUUGA